GCGUUGCUCUGUGAGCAGGGCGACGUGCGAAGAAGCCCCGACGGACGGUCCCAUUGGCCACGUCGGGCAGGUAGUUCCGACGGGUGGAUCUGAUAUCCACGCCGUGAGAAGGAACGAAGAGUGGUCCCAUUGGCCACGAAGAAGCCCUGCGUCUGUGUGGUGAGCCAACAGAGCAGCGUGCUGAAGAAACCGGCGGUAGCGGUCCCAUCGGCCACACCGUACCCGAAGAAAAGUGAGCGCGAGGCGCAGAAAACCCGAACAGAAAGUGACAACAGUGAACUGCUGCAAGAGCCAGAGGAAAAGUGAAACGCAGUGCUGUGACGAAGACUGCGACGAAGAAGAGUGCUCGAAAAUAGUGAUCCAGUGUGCCCAGCUGGAAAGAAGCAGAAGAAGAUCCAGUGCGACAGAACGCUGCCGCUGUCGUGUCGUCCAGAGCACGGCAACAGCGGAGCAACAGAUUCCUGCGCGAAUCCAGAGCAACAGAUCCCGACGAGAUGGAGCUGAAAUCAGCGCGUUCCUUGGCCAUCAAGCGAAACUUCGUCAAGGGUAAGAUUUCGCGGGUCGUGGACAGGUUGAAGGCGUUCGAGGAGAACCACCAGCUGCCUUCAUUUGCCCAGAUCCAAGUCUUCGUGUGGAACGUCGAGAAGUACUACGGCGAGUUCAACAAAGUUUGCGACGAUUUCAAGGUGAGUGACGCCGACGCUGGUGAACGCUUCAACCAUGACAUCGAAUGGGCCAGAGUGGUGAGUCUGGUUCAGGAAGCCAACCUGCGGAUUGUGGCCCUGAACAACGCACUGCUGUCCCAGCCCGUGCAUGCCGCUGUUCCCGAGCAACAGCAACAACUGGUCUCGGAGGAAGAGACCAACCGAACUUCGCUUCCCACGACCGAGGCUCGUGGCGAAGGCGAUUGCUCCGGAGCCGGCGAUGUUCCGGAUGAGGUGAACGCCGAGAGAAGCAAGGCCGAUCAUGGAGACCCAGGUGCAUCUGACUCCAAGGUAGGUGCCUAUUUUGAACCCUGUUUGAGUCCGCCCGUUUCGGACUGCGAACGUAGCGAGCCGAUGUGCACGCUGUGCAACGGUUGCCGCUCGGACACCGACUGCUUCCCGGUCCGUGGAGAUCCGGUUGAGCAGUGUCAACCCCUUGAAGAAUCGAAACCCGACCUGAGCAGCCAGAAGAGGUUGCCAGGAGAGUCUCACGAGCCUGAGACUCAACCCGCAGUACACGCGAUACUGCCACCCGAGGAACCUGAAGUGGUUCCGCACGAGUCCUCGUCAGAUGACCGAGGUAGUGCCGAGACAAAACCCGGCCUGUGCAGCCCCCAGUGGUUGCCAGGAGAUUCUCGCGAGCCCGAGAAUCGACAAGAAGAGUCGUCCGAGGAACCGGCAGUGGUUCCGCAUGAGUCCUCGGCAGCAGAACGAGGUAGUGUCGUGUCGGACGACCCAGCAGCUGUCCCCAAGCUGAAGCCAGCUGAGCACGUCGACGUGGUGCCAGACGUUGACACGUGUCAAGCAGUGAAGGGAGUUUCACUACUGCCAGCCGUACCUGACGAUGAGAACAACGAGAAAGGUGCACAAUGCGGAUGCACCGAACCAGCAAGAUCUAGCGUUCAAGUGGUUUGGACGACGAACCAGAACGCGAGGAAGGCCAACAAGAACAUCGAAAUCGACCAGCGAACGUGUACGAGCCACGAGAGCGCUACGUACCGGUGCAGCCAACGGACCGAGCUGCACUACAGAUGCUGCGGUGACAGCAUUGCACGGUCAGCAGGAGCCGACUGUGCGAAAGAACCCGGAAGAGCUGUGGAGAAGUUGGCAGAGCCUGCAAUCUUCAGCAGCACCACGAAGAGACCCCGAUUGGUCUGGGACCCAGGCGUGGAGUUGAACGCAGCGCUUCGCUCCACACAACCGUAGACGACCACCACCAUGCCAGCAAGUGCAAAGGAGUUGCUUGCUCGUCUGGACGCUAUGAACCUGGAACCGCCAGCGAUCGACGGAGUCUCCGAGUAAGAACAACCGACACAGAUCCAACGUGUUGGUGAACCUGAAGCCGUGACGCCUCAACCCGGGGGGAGAAUGUUCGGCACGAAGCCGAAUGUUUGGCCCAGAUUUACGCAACUGUCGCCCAGUGUGCGUGAGUCCAGCCCUGCGUCGCUGUCAGCGACGGCGCUGCCAACAUGACAGUGCGAAACGACGCAGCGAGCAAAAACGGCGCGAAGCGAAGCGCGCGCAAACGAACGGAGGAGAGAGACAGAGUGGAAAAUUUCACUCCGUUUCGAGACGCGAACGAGACACGUCGCGUAGUGUACAUAAAAAUCGGAAAUUUGAAAGUUUUUAGAAGUAAAAGGUGAAAAAGCAAGCCCCAGUGUUUUUAUCACUCAGAACCGAAAUUACAGUCCACCCGCAGAAUCCAGUUGGGGGAUUUGGC